AUGUCUUCGCUCGUUCGAGCGGUCAUCGCAGCUUUCGAAAAUGCCACCAAAUUGGUUCAGCGCAUUCGCGAACAACGAGCAAGCAGCGACGGCCUACUCUUGCCCGACGAAGGCGCCCAAAGCCUCCUAGAAUCACUUGCGUUAGGACCUAUGAUCGUUCGCGGCCACUAUGAGCACGAGCUCAAGCGGUUCGGAGAAGCCUAUGCAUGUGGAGAUAUACAAGCACGAGAUCGAAUGAAGGACGUCUUGAUCAACCUACAGAUGUCCUUGAUCAUAAAUCUCAAGACGGUCUACAUGGACGGGAUUGAGAUGGACCUCCCUGUGCUACAGGCCACAUCCGACGACUGUCGCGUGAACGCUGGAGUGUGUCUGGGUCAGUUGUCGCGGCGCUUGUCGGGCGCGGCGAAGGCACAGGCGUAUUAUCCGCAACCAUCGCCAUACUCGUCGGGCGCUUCUGGGCUUAUACCUCCCCGAUCGCCCUCUCUGGGAUAUUCGAGCAGCCGCAGCACUUACUCUUCAGCAGCCUUCCAAGCUCCUCGAACGCCCGACGCCAUGACGGAACACUUCGGUCGGCUGCAUAUGUCACCGUCGUGCUUCAGCCCAACAUUCGAGGAGGGCAAGAUGCGCGACGAUCGCGAAACGUCCAUGGGCUCCGACGCUUCGCAGGACCGGCAUUUCCGUCCUCAAUCCGCUGCCAUGCGUUGGCCUACUGUGGAGAUCCAGAUGCUCGCACCCACCGUCGACGAGUACAGGAUUGAAGAGAGCGACGAUCGGCGCAUGCGUAGGAGGUCGUCUCAAGCCCUGGCAAUAGAGGACAACAUCCUGCUGAUGUUCCCCAAACCUGGAGGACAACCCAUUCUGACGCCUCCAACUCCUGCACUCGACACCGACCGGGACUCGUACGUGUCUUCCGGGCAAAAUAGCCAGAUAGAUUCCUCCCCAGACCUAACCAGAGCCUUGACUGGUCAGCGGAGUCGAAAGCCAAGAGAACGAUCCGGCAGGGAUCAGUAUGGUGAUCGGGUGGUAAGAGGAGACGGUCGGCAGUUUAGCAACAGCACGGUCUACGACCUGUACCUACCGAGAUCCCCAGAAAGACAAGAUUCGAUGUCCUAUUCUUCCAGGUCUCAGGGGUCGAGCCAGAACUCUCUACACCUGCUAGAAAACAGCAGACCUCGGCGACGAGAACCCCAGUCUAAUUCACUCAAGGUGUCCAAACGAGCUGCCCGAGAGUUCAUUCGACGGCCGGUCAGCACACAAACUGAUGACCGGCCAGCGACAAGAGAACUGCCUUUGCGACCUUCGAAGUGCGUCCCUAUACCGGUUGACCCAUCUCGGACUCGGCCACCUCGCACUCCACCGCCGACCGGCCCUCUACCGAAAGUACCGUCACUGCCUCACGAAGCCGUCUCUGAAAGUCACGCCUUACCUACAUCCGUCCCGCCAUCCGAUCAAGCCCGAUCAAUCCACACAACAUCUUCUACAGUUGCCUCUCUCCCCGUCAUGCCUCUCACGGAUACCGGACCACUCACCCUCCCCACCGACAAAAACCUUCGAGGAUUCUGCAAGGGGGCGUUCCGACUCCAAGCUGGCCUGGAGCGCAAAGCAUUCACCAUCAACAACAGACCUCUGGGCCUCUCUGGCAUGAGCUCCUACUGGCGGUGCGAGAAAUGCAACUUUGAAGGCCACGUGCACCAAAGGGUCAACACGUCCGGCGACAAGAAGAAAAGGGGCAAGCCAGAAAAGAUGUUCGAUCCGAGAGUGCGCGUCUCUGAAGCUGGCGGGAUCCGAUACCGCUGGGCCUUCCUCGCACGGUGCCACGUCUCCCUCAAAGGCACCAUCUCGCUGGACACGCCCAAGGACGGCAGCUUCGGCAGCUUCGGAUGCAUCUUCUGCUGUGCCGAAGGCGAGAAUCGUGGCUGGCUGGAUAUGUCAAACGCUGCAGGCGUUUUGGGUGGUCCAGGUACUGGGUCGGAUCUGAGCAUCAGGUCCGGAUCCGGGCGGGCGGCGAACACGGGCGCCAACAUGGCCGUCAUCGCCGGAGCGCAGGCGACGCCGAUCUUUGGAGGCGUGGCGAGCUUCAUGCAGCAUCUCGAGCGUGUGCAUCGACCGCAGGAUGGGUGGCCGAACGCAGAGAUGGCUGGUCGGUUCCGCGUCGUGGUAGGGCGGGUGGCCAGACCGGAGGAGCAGGGGUGGGAGGUUAAUUUUGUGCCGGGUUGA